AUGUCGGCAAGCAAUGAUGUCUAUCAGACCCCCCUCAACUCGCGUUAUGCGAGCAACGAGAUGAAAUACCUUUUCUCGCCGAGAAACCGAUUUUCCACCUGGAGACAGCUGUGGCUGUGGCUUGCCGAGUCGCAGAAAGAACUCGGUCUGCCCAUCACCACCGACGCCAUUGAGCAGAUGAAGGCCCACCUCACCAUUCAGGAUGACGAGUUCAAGGUCGCCGCCGAGGAGGAGAAACGCCGGAGACACGACGUCAUGGCCCACGUUCACGCUUUCGGUCAGGUCGCCCCUGCCGCCGCCGGUAUCAUCCACUGGGGUGCGACCUCGUGCUACUGCACCGAUAACGCCGAUCUGAUCUUCCUCCGCGACGGUCUCGAUAUCCUCAUCCCCAAGCUCGCCGUCGUGGUCGAUAAGCUGGCCGCCUUCGCCAACCAGUACAAGGACCUGCCCUGUCUGGGUUUCACCCACGGGCAGCCCGCGCAGCUCGUCACCGUUGGCAAGCGCGCCUGCCUGUGGCUUCAGGAUCUGUUGAUGGAUCUGCGGAACUUGGAGCGUGCCCGUGACGACCUCCGGUUCCGUGGUGUCAAGGGUACCACGGGUACUCAGGCUUCAUUCCUCCAGAUCUUCGACGGCGACCACGACAAGGUCGAGAAGCUGGAUGAGCUGGUCACCGAGAAGGCUGGAUUCAACUCGGCUUUUAUCAUCUCCAGCCAGACAUACUCCCGUAAGAUCGACGUCGAUGUCGCCAACGCCCUGGGCUCGUUCGGCUCCACUUGCGAGCGCAUCGGUAUCGACAUCCGUCAUCUGGCCAUGCUCAAGGAGGUUGAGGAGCCUUUUGAGAAGGACCAGAUUGGCAGCAGUGCGAUGGCUUACAAGCGUAACCCUAUGCGUUCCGAGCGUCUGUGCUCUCUGGGACGUCACCUUCAGAACCUCCCCAAGGAUGCCCUGGACACCUACUCGGCCCAAUGGUUCGAGCGCUCUCUGGAUGACAGCGCCAUUCGUCGUAUCAGCAUUCCGGAGCUUUACCUCUCCGCUGAUGCCUGUCUCAUACUCCUGAACAACGUCACCUCCGGAUUUGUCGUCUACCCCGAGGUCAUCCGCCGUCGUGUCAACGAUGAGCUUCCUUUCAUGGCCACUGAGAACGUCAUCAUGGCCUGCGUGAAGAAGGGUCUUUCCCGACAAGACGCCCACGAGGAAAUCCGCGUCCUCUCGCACCAAGCCUCCGACCAAGUAAAGAAACACGGCAAGGACAACGAUCUCCUCGACCGAAUCCGCCGCACCGCCUUCUUCGCCCCGAUCCUGGACGAGCUGGACAGCCUCCUGGACCCUAGCACCUUCGUCGGUCGCGCGCCCCAACAGGUGGAGAAGUUCACCUCCACUGAGGUUAAGAAGGCGUUGCAGCCGUACGAGGCGCAGCUGGCCAAGGCCGAGACCGCGGCUCUUUACGUCUAG